CUGUCUAUAAAAUCGUCCAGAGAUGCACCACCACCCCUUCAAGCUUCUCCAUCAAUUAAAUAUAAAACCAUCUCACACAACUCUCUUUCUUUCUCUUAAACGAAAGCUGCUACAUAGUCACGAUGGCAAUAACCGCUACUGAAAACGACGGCGUUUCUUUAAUCACCGACAAGAUUUCAUAUGAUCUUGUGGAAACAGAUGUUGAGAUCAUCACUUCCGGUCGCGGUCGUAUCCCAGCACACUCCGGUGUCCUGGCUGCCGCGUCGCCGGUUCUAAAGAACAUCAUCGAGAAGCCGAGGAAAAGCCACGGCGGAUCAUCGAAGAGAGUCAUCAAGAUUCUCGGUGUUCCAUGCGACGCCGUUUCUGUCUUCAUCAGGUUCCUCUAUUCUCCCAGUUUGACGGAGAAGGAGAUGGAAAGUUACGGAAUCCAUCUACUGGCUCUAUCACACGUCUACAUGGUGACUCACUUAAAGCAAAGGUGCACGAAAGGCGUCGGCGAGAGAGUGACGGUUGAGAACGUGGUCGAUGUUCUCCAGCUAGCUCGGCUUUGCGACGCACCAGGCCUCUGUCUCAAGUGUAUGCGUUUGAUCCACUCCAAGUUCAAGACCGUUGAACAGACCGAAGGAUGGAAGUUUCUUCAAGAAAACGAUCCUUUUCUUGAACUCGACAUUCUCCAAUUCAUUGACGACGCUGAAUCGAGGAAGAAACGAAGACGGAGACACCGAAGAGAACAGAAUCUUUAUAUGCAAUUGAGUGAAGCCAUGGAAUGUAUAGAACACAUAUGUACCGAAGGUUGCACGUUGGUCGGACCAUCGUCCAACUUAGACAACAACAAGUUAAAAGCCGGUCCAUGCAGUGCGUUCUCUACUUGUUACGGACUACAACUUCUGAUACGUCACUUUGCAGUUUGCAAGAAACGAGUCGAUGGCAAAGGUUGUAUUCGUUGCAAGAGAAUGAUUCAACUCCUUAGACUCCAUUCUUCAAUCUGCGACCAAUCUGAGUCUUGCCGUGUCCCACUUUGCAGGCAAUUUAAGCAAAGAGGAGAAAAGGACAAGAAAAUGGUUGAGGACACGAAGUGGAAUGUUCUGGUGAGAAGAGUUGCAUCUGCUAAAGCUAUGUCUUCCUUGUCUCAAUCAAAGAAGAAGAAAAGUGAUGUGUUAUUCAAAGAAGAAGCAGAAGAUUUCAUCAGAAUCAGGAAGACGAAGGUUUUUUGAAUUCCUUGGUUUUUUUUGUAGAAUAUAUUAUAUAUAAUGAAACAAUUGUUAGUUGUUCGUCUCUUGGACGGUUGAUUGGGUUAAAUUUGUCGAUGAGUAACCCUUUUAAUAAGUUGUUUGUUUGAUCGUAUUGUAUACAUAAACUUGUCUAUUAUUGUUCUUUCACGAAUGUAGUUGUUAAAUUUUAUAAAUUGGAAUUUGUUUAGA